AUGACGGGUGUCCGCCGUUCGCAAAGAUGCGAGAACUGCAGAGCAAGGAAAAUCAAGCAUCGCUACCUGGACAACGAGCAACUGACGGUGAUUCAACAGUGUGACCAAAAUUGGCCGAGAUGUGGGCAUUGCAAGCGGACGAAUCGAGUCUGUUCUGGACCCUCGCCAUUGACAAAGUUUGUCGACCAAAGCAACGACCUGCAGUUGCAGUCCGACAUCAGCUGCAAAUCCCAAACUGCUCCUAUCGGCUCAGGCUCUGAAACAGAGGUCGCCAUCCUCGUCAAUCAUCACCCGUUGAGGCCAUUCAACGACGGGUCCGCUUCAUAUGGCGUGUUUCGUCUAGAGGCGCCCUGUCUCGAGAUACCUCGCGCCAGACUCACCACUUCCGCUGACCGAGUGUCUGCCAGGCUUGCGGGUCUCCUAGAACGAGGUUCUGAAGCUGGCGUACGUACACAAAUGAGCUAUCUCCCUUUCUUGCCUCAGAGGCUAUCGCGCAGCGCUUGCUUGCGCGAUUGUACAGGCCUUUUCUGCUAUGCUUGGAAUGGAUACCGGCGUCGGGAGCCAGUCUCGAAGCUUCUUCUAACGAGCCAUUACACCAAGGCGAUACGAAGCUUGCAACUUGCGAUAAAUGGAGGGCAGGCAUACGAAGUCGAGACUCUUGGUGCAAUGGCUCUUUUGGAACGUGCCAGUUUCUUGUUUGGAGAAAGUCAACCCCAAAGCGCCUUGGCUCAUAGACGUGCAAUACGUCACGUCCUUCAAGCAAAAGGAAGUCCGACCAUUGGGGAUCAACUUGAUGUUGCUCUCACCUACGAAAACCAAUGGCUCAAGGCACUGCCAGCAGUGACUAAUCCGUCCGACAAAGAUGUCCCUUUAGAUCCAGGUUGGCUUGAGGUUAUUGAGAAAUUUCAGAGCGAGCCUCCAGUGGCUGUCGAAUUCUCUUGCUUUUCUGGAGAAUUUUCUUCCAUCAAAGAAGCUGCGGGCAAGAUGAUUCCUUGGAUUGGAGACAUUGGGCAGAUCUUGGGCAGCCCAGCCACGAUGGAGGGUCUCAAGGAGACCUUAGUCCAAGAUCUUUCCCGUCAUGGGAAAGUCCUCGAAGCUGUCACCAUCAGAGUUUUAAACAGGGGUCUGGUCCAGGGUUCAAUAAUUGAGAUGCCUGACUUGGCCUUUUUUGCAGGUCGCAAGUAUGAAUUUGCGUCCGUUGCUUUGGCUCGCUACUUUGCGGAAUUGCUCGCCUUGCGAAGGGGCAUUUUCAGGAUAGCCAAUGACUUGAUUGCGCUAUACGGACCUCCAGACGAGGGUAUUCUUGAAAAAUUCCGAGAGCUGUCCAUCCAGCAAUGGAUGAUCUUUCCAUAUCUCUCAGAGAUGAACGCAGUGUCGCAGCACUUUCUUACACCGUGUAUGAAACCGUCUCUCGAGGUGGCUAGUGGCUUCGAAAACGAAUUUCUGGUAAAUUUGUUAUCAUCUGCAAACAGACAUCAUAAUGAAGUUGGGAAUUGA